AUGUGGAGGAGUGAGACCCAGUUCUCCUCUGGUGAGCAGUACUCACCACUGACAGUCAGAUGGAAAGUAUGGGUGUUUGUGCUUCUCCGAGGAGGCCCAGACACGCUUCAUCUGUUCCAGCCCCAUGUGUACCAGGGCCUGGCAGUCCCCAGGACCUGGCUUGUUGGGCUCUUGGAUCAGGGCAGCCGCGGCUGGCGCGUGGGGGGCUGGAGGGCCUGGGCCCGGUGGCCCCGGCUUCUCGGCCGGUUUCCCUGUAGGGAGCACGGGAGCUGUGAAGGUGGUGCUCAGGGCCUUGAGGGUCAUGAACCUGCUGGAGUCUGCGGACCAGCUCAGCCACGUUUGUCUGAAUGCUGCAGAGAAGUGGCCCUGUUGCAGGAGGGCAACCCGGAGCAGCUCCUCUUCUGGUGUUGUGGGGACAACCGAGCGCCCGUCGAAGAGAUGCUGAGGGAGGAGGAGCGGCUGCUGUUCAUCCUGGAUGGCUUUGACGAGCUGCAGAGGCCCUUUGCAAAGGGCUGGAAGAGGCUGAGUCCGAACCCCGUGGAGAAUGUGCUGCACCGUCUAAUUAGGAGAAAGCUGUUUCCCACGUGUUCACUCCUUAUCACCACCCGGCCGGUGGCUUUGCAGAAUCUGAAGCCCUCGCUGCAGCAGUCGCGCCAUAUUCACGUGCUAGGCUUCUCAGAGGAUGAGAGGAGGAGGUAUUUCAGCUCUUAUUUCGCAGGUGAGGAGCAAGCCAGAAAUGCCUUUGACAUUGUACAAGGAAAGGACGUUCUCUACAAAUCAUGUCAAAUUCCAGGCACUUGCUGGGUGAUCUGCUCCUGGCUCAAGGAGCAGAUGGAGAGGGGCAGAGAGAUCUCAGAGACUCCCAGUAAUGGCACGGACAUCUUCAUGGCCUAUGUCUCCACCUUCCUGCCGCCCAGUGACAACGCAGGCUGCUCCGAGCUUACUGGGCACAGGGUCCUGAGCGGUCUGUGCUCCUUGGCAGCUGAGGGGAUCCAGCACCAGAGGUUCAUGUUUGAAGAAGCUGACCUCAGGAAGCACGAUUUAGAUGCGACCAACCUCGAUGCUUUCCUGAGCAGCAUGCGUUACCAAGAGGAACAUACCCGCAAGACGUUCUGUGCCUUCCGUCACAUUAGCUUCCAGGAGUUUUUUCAUGCCAUGUCCUAUCUGGCGAAAGAGGACCAGAGCCAGCUGGGGAAAGAGUCCCACAAAGAACUGAAAAAGCUUCUGGAUGAUGAGAAAGAGGCAGAGAAUGAGGAGAUGACCCUCAGUGUGCAGUUUUUAUUGGACAUGUUGAAAAAAGAGACCUCCUCAAGCUUUGAGCUAAAGUUCUCCCUCAAAGUUUCUCCCUUGGUAAAGCAGGAGUGGAUGUAUUUUAAAGAACAAAUGAAAUCUAGAAAGCAUAAAGGGGCCUGGGAUUUGGAAUUCUCCCUGAAUCCAUCUAAAAUAAGGAAUCUGGUAAAGGGUGUUCGGAUAAGUGAUGUAUCAUUCAAGAUUGGACAGUCAAAUAAAACAUCCCAUGACAGGAACUCAUUUUCUGUCAAAACCAGCUUGAGUAAUGGAUGGGAAGAGAAGCAGAAAUGUCCUGUUGUGGACAAAGAUAAUACAGCAGAGACACAAAAGGAGGGUCCUAAUGGAAAAGGCAGAGAGACUGAGAAACGAGAGACGCGGAGGGUAGGAGUAGUAGAUGGGAAGCAGAUAAAUGGGACAGUAGAGAUGAAGGGUCAGGGGGGUGGUGAGGGGAGGGACAACGGGGGAGGGAGACAGAGUAUAAAAAGGAAUGGAGAGAUAAGAGAUUGAAUUAAUAGGUACUGGAAGGAAUGGAAGGCCAGGGGAGCAAACAGAAAAGAAAAUUAGAUAAUACGGGAUCCGAAAAUUUGGAACAUAGGACAUGGGGAAAGGCCAUGUGGACGGAGUCCCUACGAACAACCACAUUUACCAUCAAUGGCUCAAAUUUAGUUAUUUAGCACCCCUCCUCCUUGAGAAGCUGUUUAUAACCUCUUCUACUGUGGAAUUUAAUGUUAAUGUCAGUGACCAAACAUGUGA